CCGUUUUAUUCACUAAGGACACGUGACUGAGGUCUUAUUUGAGGCGCAUGCGCGAGAAAUGAGGUCGUUCUGGCAUCGGUCACAUGCGUUGGAAAGCCUUCGAUCGCGAUGGCACACGUAAGGAACAGUUCCGCCAGCGUACGCCAAUGUUCGAGCACAUGUGCCGUCGGUGCGUAACUGCUAAACCAAGUGUAACAGUGGCCAAAGCAGAAAGGUUUCUUUAUUCAUAACCAGUGAACUCUGAACAUUAAUUAUUAGUUAUUUUAUUCGUUCAUCGCAUGGAAACGACGAUUCGUCGAGAAAAUAUUUAUAAUGGAAUGGACCGACGAAAAAGCUUUAGAAUUAAUUGAGGCGUACAGGAAGCAUCCUAUAUUAUGGGACCCGACGAAUCAAGGUUUUAAACUGACAAGAAAGAAAUUAGACGAAUGGAAAGAGCUAUCGGAGGAAAUUAAAGUGAGCGUGGACGAGUCGAAACGAAAAAUAGAAAGUUUGCUCACAUCGUACAGAAGAGAGAGACAACGAGAAGGCACGAGCUACGGAUUAGGAAAAGACGAGGUGUACCACUCCAAGUGGUUUGCGUUUCAAGCAAUGCAAUUUUUACAUGAUAAGUUCAAACCAAGAAAACCUAGUAAAACAACGUGUAUGACGCAUCUCCAAUCAAGUAUUCACGACAGCGAAUCGGAGGGUGACGUUUCGCCGUCGCCAUCGAUCGAAUCGGAGGCGAACAGACCGGAAAUGAUAGGAAUAAUGGGAAAUAAUAAUGUACCCGAAAAUAUUGGAUUAGCGGAGCUACAUUCAUUAGAAACUCCUGUUCAAUUCGCGAAAAGGCGGAGAUUUUCGCAAAAAAGACAACUGCCCUCGGAGCUGCCCCUUCAGGGGGACACGAGGCUCGACGAGGCGUACAUGUUAAUAAAAACUCUAGCUGAGAGGAAGACGGAUCAGAGCGAAGACAGUAUUUUCGGGCAAUACGUUGCCAGCCAACUGAAGAAAUUUGAUCCGCGGGUCAAAGUUUUGGUGAAGCACCAAAUAAAUAAUAUCUUGUUCGAAGCCGAGAUGGGAACUCUUCAGCAAAAUAGCAUGGAUCCACUUCGAAAUCAUUCGAGGAGCAACGAUGCAAUACCACCCCCAACGGCAGCGCGAAUGUCGCCGAUUCCAGUGACGACGGAAAUUCUUAAAAUUGAGCCACACAGUAGCCUUCACAUGGAGCAGUUUUUGUAAUGACGUGCACCAAAUGGUAUCGCAUGUGAUAUUAUUCUAGAGUCUUUCUUUUUUUGUCGUGAGAGAGGUCUUCGAAAGACUUUUGUGGAUAAAGAUCCACUAAACCCUCACGGUAUCCUACCUCGUAAAUUAUACGAGGACACUGGGAAUGCCAUGAGGCAUACCCAGUGCCAUUAUUCUGGCGGUUAGGUUUUCGUGCGUUGGGUGCGAAAAAUGGGUGUUUAUGGCUGUGUCUGAGAGAGACUGUUUAGAAUCGAUUUCGAGUAUACUAAGAGAACUCCUAGAUGUACUACUCUCGAAUUUGCAUAAAAUUUCGCAUGGAAGGCUGCUUCUCUUAUUUGAAACGACCAUAUUUACUUGAUUUGAGUAUUUAAAAAACAAUUUCACCACCAAUUUUUAGCAUUAGAAUUUUCGUUUUGCAUUCGAUAUAUUUUCUUUAUGGAAGAAUAUUAUCAUAGUUAUUAUGUGUGUUUUUUUUUUUUUAUAAAAAUGAACACGUGAUAAAUAAAGAUCAUCAAAAGAUUCGUUUAUAUAAAUCUGAUCCAAACACUAACUAUAUAGAUUAGUAUAAAUAAUAUGUAUAUGUAAUGUAUAUAAUUACAUAUGGAUAUAUUUUAUAUGUUAAUAUUUAUAUUAAUAUAUUUCACCCAUUAUUGUUCGAUGACAUGUUUAAAAUAUGAAUCGUAUUAACAGUGAUUAAUAUGUAAUAUUGUAUCAGAGAUGAUCAAAAUUUCAUUCCAAUAAUAGAUGACAAAUGUAACCAACAGGCGAUUUAUUUGUAUCAUUUAUUUUAUCGAACAGCUCAAUUUUAAUUUACUUAUCGCGAAAUUUUCGUUCUACGAAUAAGAAUUGUACUAAUCUCUGUUCUGCAUCCAUUUGCAAACAACAUUUGUCUAUCCACUUAUACAAUAAAUAUACUUUCACUAAAAAAUUUGGAGUAUCGUUAUCGUCUACCAAUUAGAGUAGACCCUAGAGUACGAAUUCAACCUCUUAAUUGCCUGACAAAUACAGUGAAAGUGCUCAACUUUACAUACGCACAACUUUUAAACCGUUGGAUCCCUAACAUUAAAACUUAGAUCUAUGAAUUCCAGGCAUCAAAAACUACUAAAUGGUAAAAAAAAAAAAGGUUGAUAAUUUUUAAUGUCCCGAAGUAAAGUUCAAUCAUUAUUUCUUACUCGGGAUAAAAUUGACCCAACUGAAUUUUAACGAACGUCACAUCUAUAAGACAUUGCAUAACACGAAUG